CUAUUCUGAAGAUGCUGGCAACAUUACAAUAAAUGAUUUGUACGAUUUGUACUUUAUCUGUGGUAGUUAAGAAAAAGAAUUUAUUCGGGAGGUACGUAGAGACGUAAUCGAAGUGAAAAAUAAAUCUUUUCGUCUAAUUUUAAUAUAGUUAAGUGUUAUUAUCAAGUGCAAUUUACAUGGAUAAUAUUUUAAUUAGUUUGUAAUUUGUGUGAUCAAGAUGAUAAUUGAAAACCCGGACGCCUUUAAAUCAUGGCUGACUUCCAUAUUGGAGCCUCUUUGCGACGCGGACCCCGCCGCGUUAGCCAAGUACGUGUACGCGCUGGUGAAAAAGGACAAGCCGCUGGACGAGCUGCGGGACGGCAUGCUGGACCAGCUGGACGUGUUCCUGCAGCAAGAAACGAAACCGUUCGUGGACAUGCUGUUCAAAGCCCUGGAGAACAACGAGUAUGUGACGCUGAUGGAAAAGAGACCGCCUUCCCCGCAGCCCGAACAGGAGAUGGAGAAGGAACUGCCGGCUGAACCGGAGAAUCAUGCCCCGGAGAACAAUGAGUAUGUGACGCUGAUGGAAAAGAGACAGCCUUCCCCGCAGCCCGAACAGGUGAUGGAGAAGGAACUGCCGGCUGAACCGGAGAAUCAUGUGGGUGUGGGCUCGGGCUUGGGGUCUGGCUUGUGUGGCGCGGAGUCCCCUCGCACAGGGCUGCCUCGCGCGCGCUCCCCGCACGCGGGCGCCGCGCCGCGGCACCGCGUGGUACUAGGGCGCGCCGCCGCCGCCAGGGUACCCCCGCCACCGCCGCCGCUGAGGGAACACACGCUCGUUAAGUUACAGGUGUUACCAUUAAGUGAACUUUUGGAAGAACCAGUGGAUCAGCCGCCUAGAAGGCGGGAUCGUAGAGAAAAUAUGCGCGAGGACCGGCGCCGGCGCCGCUCGCGCUCGUGGGAGCGGCGCGCGCGCGCGCGCAGGCACGUGCGCGACCUGCGCGAGCCCGAGCGGGACGACCGACGACGACCACCGUCUAGAUCACCAUCUCCCCGCGGCCGCUUCAGGAACCGUAGUCCACCAGCCGUUCUAGACAGACCUAACACACGAUCUAGAUCCAGAUCACCGGUGCCCGUGCGAGAGAGGGAGCGCGAGCUAGAGCGGGACAGGCUGCGGCCGCGCGAGCUAGAGCGGGACAGGAUGUCGCGCGACAGAGAACACAGGGACAGAGCGUCCAGGUCGAGAGACAGGGAACGGUCGCGCGACCGCUCUCGCUCGCACUCCAUGUCGCCUGCGCGUGCGCGCGAGCCAGACCACUACAAGCGCCGCUGUCGGGACUUUGACGAAAAAGGGUACUGCAUGCGAGGAGACCUCUGCCAGUGGGACCACGGCGCAGACCCCGUAGUUCUAGAAGACGCCACGCUGACCUCUGUACUCACCAUGCCCCCUGUAGUACCAGAAUACAACCCGCUAACGCCGGAUAUCUGGUGCGGCGCGGGGCCGGGUGGCUACCCGCCCUACCCGCCGCCCGCACUACCGCCCCGCGAACUCAUACCCAUACCCAGACUGCACGCGGCCCCGCCCGGGCCUCCGCCGGGCCCCGUGCGGCCUCCGGCGCCUAAUAAGAAAAACUUCGACUACAACCGACUCGGCGGAAGGAUGCCUCAGCGAGCGUCCAACUCCGGAGCGAACUGCUCACUGGAGGUGAAAAAGGUUCCCCGGGGCCUCAACGAUAUCACCCAUCUCAACAACCACUUCGGCAAGUUUGGCAAAAUUGUCAACAUACAGGUGUGCUUCGAGGGUGACCCAGAGGGCGCUCUAAUAACUUUCUCCAACCACACGGAGGCCAACGUGGCCUAUAAGAGCACGGAGGCUGUGCUCAACAACAGAUUCAUCAAGGUGUUCUGGCACAACCCUGAGAAUAAACAAGAGAACCCUACGCCCGCCGGACAACAGAAGCCCGCCAACAAACAACAGCCGACAUCACACAACAAGGUGCUCAUCAACAAGGAGAACAUGAAAGCAACCGCCGACAACAAGCAGGCACAGGCCGCCGCUGAGAAGGCGAAGGAAGCAGUCGCCUUAGCCAACGGAGCCGAGAAAAAGAAGGAGGCGCCCAAACCGAUAGAGAAGAGUAAACAGGUGAUGGAGAUGCACAAACGUGCGCAGGCGCUGUUGGAAACGCAGCUGCAACAACAAGUGUUGCUGAUACAACGGUUAGAGGGAGGUAACGUGACCGGCCCGCAGAGGGCAGCACUGAUGGAAGCCAUCAACUCGGCUCAGGAAGGCAUCGAGAAGCUACGUAAGGAGCUGGUGGCGUACAACAGGACGCUCAGACAGAUGCAGGAAGAGACGGUCGCGCGCUCCCUCUCGCGGCUGCAGUUGGCUCAGGCGAACGCUAGAAAACCAAAGACAAGAGAAGAGGCGCAGAAAGAGAUCCUAGACGCAGAGUUGGACAUGUUUACCAAACAGCAGGAGGGGCAGGACGUGACGGACAUACAGAAGAAGAUCGCGGAGCUGCGCCGGCAGAUGGCGCUGCAGUUCCCCGCACACCCCGCCAUGCGCCGCCCGCACUCUAGGGGCGGCCGGUUCAACAGCGCGUCUCGCUUCACCCGCGCGCCGCCCGCCUUCGUCAACCACAACCAGUCCGUCGACCACCGGCCCAGAGCGCUCCUCAUCAGCGGAUUCGAGAGUGAUGACUCUGAGGCUCUGACUCAGCAUUUUGCGCAAUUCGGCGAGAUCGUCUCCAAGGAGCUGAACCCGACCGUGCCCGAGCUGGUGCUGGUGUACGCUGCGCGCGCGCACGCCGAGCAGGCCGCGCAGCAGGGCCGCCACUACAACGACCGCACGCUCACGAUCACGUGGGUGGCCAACCCGAAGACAUUCGCGGCGCCCGCGCGCGCCCCGGAGCCCGCGCCGCGCGUCGACGCGCAACCCGAGACGGAUAACGGACACGAGCAAUCGGUGGGUGCGACGGUGGACUCGCUGCUGCGCUUCGACGAUGAUGACGAGGAGGAUGCCGACCGCUCCUGGAGACGUUGA